CGCUUCCAUCGAUCUACGCUAUUAGUGGCUAUUCAAUUGGCACCUGGCUGCGGUACUUACCUAUUGUUGUUGACAGCACAGACUGUGCAAAAUUUCAAGUCAGACAUGUUGUGUGAGGUACGGGUUGUUGUAGAUCAUCCGUCUCGAUGUCUCGAAUUUAAAGUAUAUGGUUCGCGCGCGCAUGAUUUUUUUUUUCAUGCACAUAAAAUAAAAAUCUGGCACAUCAGCUGGGUCUGAUUACCAGAGCAAGGGAUACGACAAUGUCCAAGAGACCAGAAAUACCGGGAAAGCCCUUUUACAGUGCUAAGAAACAGCGUUUGUUUAACUCUCGGACUAUCAGAACCGAAAAUGUGGAUCCAGCCUUUUCCGACGGGAAACUCGACGUACCAUCGUUUAUGGCGUCGCGUGAGUACGAGAUCCGCCAAUUGGAGCACGCACAGCUCCGCUCAAAGUACUCGGCAUCCACACGCGUGUUCCAGAGCCUUCCGCGGACACUCAGACGGCGCGCGGCGUCGCACAACGUGAAGCGCAUCCCGAAGCGCCUCCGUGCACGAGCAUUGAAAGAAAUGGCGAACCAGAACGCGACCAAGAAGACACAUCAUCCGCGCGGCCGCGCGUUGUACCGCCUCAAGAUGCAGGUGCGACUUUUGAAGCUCGCAGCGCGGCACAAGCUCUUGCAGCAGGUUCUGCCGCCGGAGAUGGCAGCGGGACGGCUCCAGCUUCGCCAACGCAUUCAGAUGCUCCAGGAUCGGAUCAAACUGGCCAAGGAAGGGUCGGCUAGGCUCAAUAACGCAGUGGGCGCGUACGACAACUCCGCGGCGAACGCGCUCGCAACGCCACCUGUGGGUAACGUCAAGUACAUGAAGCGCCAGACGGAGCAUACCUGGCUCGCGACGCACGUGUGGCACACUAAGCGUGCGCACUUGGUGAAGAAGUGGGGUUUCCAGAUCCCAUACAAGCCGACUCAGAAGUGUUUCCGCGCAAUCCACCGCGGGUCUGUCGCGGAUGGUGGGGUGGUCUUCGACACGUCUUAUUUCGGCACGUGUGUGGUUGAAGCGGGCUACGACGCGCUCCGCGCGAUUGCAAGUGCCGUCUCCAAUGGUAAGGCACUCAGGCGAUACGAGACCCGGUCCUGGCACGGGAUGGUGUUCCAGGAACAGCGUGCGGUAGGUGAAGGCAUGGUUCUCUGGGCGAAGGACGCGGGAAAGUUGGUCGUGCGUGUGCACCCGUCGAUCUAUGCGGAAUACUUUGCGUACCUCGUGGCGUUUGCCCAAGUACGCGGCGCAGUUGUGCACGACUGUCGCUACGCGCUUGGUAGUAUGGAGAUCAUCGGGCCCGUGGGGUUGCAGGCAGUGGGCAAAGUAUUCCAUCCCGUAGACAAGCAGGCUACGGUGGUGAAAAACUGGUUCAAAGCAACGUCAGUGGCAGAUGUUUCGACCAUCCCACAGGGCACCACCUUUGCGUUCGAAAUUUACGACCCACGGCUAUGGGGAAAGCCCACUGCAUUUAAGAAGCUCACCAACUUUAACCACAAUGACUUGAUCAUUGAUUUGCAUGGCAACCCCGCGGCAUCUGUCGACGCGGCGGCUUUGGCGAAGUUGCUCUCAUCGGAAGGCAGAACGGCGUCCUACGCCAACCAGGCAACGCUCAGCGAGUUGGGUAAGCGCAGAGCCCGGACCCCGGGUCAGCCAAUCCCUGUUGCGCCCCAAGACCCUACCAUCCCCGUUGUGGUUACGAAGGGCGCGCUCAACAAGUGGAUCGUGCUCAUGCCGUGGUUUUGGGUCUUGCCGACGUGGCACAUCCUCAUGCGCGUGCCGCACGUGCGGUUGGGCGGUUUGCGCCAAUUGCACCAAUUGGCUUUCGAGCAAGGCAAGCCGUUCUACCCGUAUGAUUUCCCGUUCCUCCGCGAGGGACUUGUCGAGGCGCGCCUCCAGCAGCAGGAGUUAGCCAAGAAGUGGCGCCGCACGCCCGCCGGCAAACGUGUCAGCUUCAGCAAGGUGGAGUUGAACCUGGCGGAUCCGAAGGGUGAGAUCGGUAGCCCGUUUGCCUGCGACUGGCGCUACUUGCAGUUGUUGCAAUACGCGUUGGUAAUGCUCCGUGCGCGGGGCUCCGUCGUGACUGCCAGCUUCGGUGAGGGUGUCAGGGUAUCUGUGUACGAAAAUAUGAGACGACAGAUCACCCAGUUGUCAGAUAUUCCGGCCGUGCUUGCCCAGGCUGCGCGGCUCGAUGCGGAGCGCGCGGCGCCGGCCGUUCCCGUGACUCUCGCUGUCUCCGAGAUCCCUGAAUUGCAGUGCCAGGAGCCGUUUGCGCCACUCCCCGUGGUUCAACUGAGUAUUGUCCUUGCGCAACGCGGCCAGAUCAAGGACUUUGCGCGUGUGUACAAGAUUCCGCAAGAUGUGUACGUCCGGACGGUAGCCACGCUCAAGAACAACGGAACUAUCGUCUGUCCGGGGUUUGAGAACUUGGUGGGCUUCGUCAGCAGCGGCACGUUUAACCUCGCGCAGGGGUUUGGUACCGGUGUCGGCUGCGUGGACGCCGCAUGGGCCAGAAACCAAGAAGAGUUUGUGUUGGUGAGGAACGUGGGGACUGAUAAGGUGUGGCUUGCCAGGUGGAAGAAGGUGUGA